CAACCCCCAGCUGCGUCCACCGCUGUGGUGACUGUCCUGCCUGGCCGCCGGGUGUCUGCUACGCUGCUCCCCGCUCUGCCCUGCUCCUUCCCUGGACCCGAAGCCCGCCUCGGCUACCGAACUCCCAGUGAAUGCACUAGCCAGCAACCAUGACAGGCAUCGCGGCCGCGUCUUUCUUCUCCAACUCCUGCAGGUUCGGGGGUUGCGGGCUCCAGUUCGAGUCUCUGGCCGAGCUCAUCGUCCACAUCGAGGACAAUCACAUCGACACAGAUCCUCGUGUUCUGGAGAAACAGGAGCAACAACAGCCCACCUACCUGGCCCUGAGCUACAUCAACAGGUUCAUGACUGACGCGGCGCGUCGGGAGCAGGAGACCCUGAAGAAGAGGGCCACACCCAAACUUUCCCUGUCAAUCACAGGGGGCGUGUCUCGGAACAGCGUGGCCACGCCUCCACGCCACAGCAACGGCAACCUGACUCCUCCCGUGACUCCACCCAUCACACCCUCCUCCUCGUUCCGUAGCAGCACACCCACAGGCAGUGAGUAUGAUGAUGAGGAGGUGGACUAUGAGGAGUCAGACAGUGAUGAGUCCUGGACCACAGAGAGUGCCAUCAGCUCAGAGUCUAUCCUCAGCUCCAUGUGUAUGAAUGGAGGAGAGGAGAAACCCUUCGCCUGCCCUGUGCCUGGCUGCAAGAAGAGAUACAAGAAUGUGAACGGUAUUAAAUACCACGCCAAGAACGGCCACCGGACCCAGAUUCGUGUGCGGAAGCCCUUCAAGUGCCGCUGUGGGAAGAGCUACAAGACGUCCCAGGGCCUGAGGCACCACACCAUCAACUUCCACCCGCCCGUCUCCGCCGACAUCAUCCGCAAGAUGCAGGGCUAGAGACGAUCGUCGUGACAACCCCUGGUCACCCACCCAAACAUAUCCCUAUUCCUCACCAGCAAUACCCACCCAACCCAACCACCCCAAACCUUUUCAAUCGUCAAUAUCCACCCCACCUCUCCCAACCACCCAAAACAUACCCCUAUCCCUUCUGUCCCAACUUUAGGGGUGACAACCCAAAACCCUAUUCCUUCCUCCCACACACUAAAGGAUCUAGUGCAUGCUUUAAGUUGUUUUGUCGUUAGCCUUUUUUAUGUCUUGUAUAAUGUUCUAUGGUUUUCACAUGCUAUCUCUAGUUAUUUUUUGAAUGAUAUGUAUCUUUAUAGGCUUAAGUUUUGUUGUUGUACAUUUGCACAUUCUUCUGCUAUCACAACAAUUGUCAUUACUCUUUGUAUUGACAUACGGUGCUAACUGUAAAAAAGAAAAAGAGAAAAGAGGGGGAUGAGGCAAGAGGAAGGAGUGGAUGGAUGUUGAGUUGCGUUAAACAGUCUAUAUAUAGAUAUAUAAACAAUAGAUAUGUGUGUAUAUACAAAUAUAAGUAUUCAUAAGCAUAUACAAAAGUUACUUUAUUUUCAAGCUUUAUUUUAUACUUUAUUUUUCAAUAUAUUUUCCAGAUAUUUUCUUUGAUAUUUUAUCGAUAAGUGUGUUUUUCAUUCCUCAACCCCCUGAGACAACCUGUUCUGUGGUGUCAUAGUUCAAAGUUGAAACAGCUAGGUGACCUCAGGUCUAGAUAUUCCCAUGAGCAAAAUAAUAACUGACUAUGGCUUGAAUCCUAACUUGAGAUCUGCGUCCAAAAUACAUUUUUAAGUUUUUCCUAUUGCUAUUUAAUGCACGAUUUGCGCUAAAGUUACACAUGCAGAUUUCAUGUUAUCAUUCGGCCCAUAUAGAGAAACAGGUAAAGUAUUGAAUCCCUUCAUUCCCACUGUUCUAGAACAGUUUUAGGACUGAUCCCCAAUGAUUCCGGAAUGGAUUGUGCAUCCUGUAUUCUAGAAGGUUAUUCCAGACUGUAGUGUGAGCAGACCAGUUGAGGCAUCAUGCUGUAUUCUAGAAGGUUAUUCCAGACUGUAGUGUGAGCAGACCAGUUGAGGCAUCAUGCUGUAUUCUAGAAGGUUAUUCCAGACUGUAGUGUGAGCAGACCAGUUGAGGCAUCAUGCUGUAUUCUAGAAGGUUAUUCCAGACUGUAGUGUGAACAGACCAGUUGAGGCAUCAUGCUGUAUUCUAGAAGGUUAUUCCAGACUGUAGUGUGAGCAGACCAGUUGAGGCAUCAUGCUGUAUUCUGUUCCAGUUGCCAAGUGUUGUUACUGGUUUCUUUUCCAUGAUCAUUGCCAACAGCUCUCUACUGCCAAACAUUGACCAUACUAUGUGCCUGAGGGGGGAGAGCGACUGUCAUAAGAGGUUUCAUCUAAGAGGCGCGCAAAAGUGUCAAGGGAAUACUGCCUCAUUGCGCCUCAAGUGUGACUGUGUGUGUGAUGGUAAGUUUUUGUGCAUGCUUUUGUCUAAAAGGGCGUGUGUGUGUGUCGAGAGAGAUUACACCUACAACCUUUGAUUGCCUUGCGUUGUAGACCACAGCAUUCCAGUAGUCAGUGUGAGUUGCUUCUAAGCCGAGUCUUUCUGCAGUAUCUGAGCUUUUCAGCUUCUAGUGUUAUUAUUUUGCUUUCUGUUAGUCCAUUAUAGUGUUACAAUUUAUGGCUGAAGCUCAAAUGUCAUAGAACCAUAUGUGUUACAGUGCCAGGUCACUGGGUGUGUGUCCCAAAUUGCACCCUAUUCCCUAAGGGCUCUGGUCAAAAGUAGUGCACUAUAUAGAGAAUAGUGCACCAUUUGGGUCGUAGAUAGUGUCAAACCAAGGCCUUGCCAAUUGCUGCUGUAGAGCAGGAGACUGUCUGGUGUACUCUCAUAGUGUAAAGGUGGGCAUUUUGUGAUCCAGUUGGGAUAUCAUGCCUUCAGAGUACAGCGGAGUGGUGGAAUGUCAAAAAGUGGUGCCAUUUUGUGAAAGGCCGUAAAACAUUUCUAACCUGUCAUUCUGUUCUGUGAUGGUCCCCCACCACACACAUUGACAUGGGUGUGGUAAAGUGCCGUUAAGGUCAGGGCUCGUAUUCACAAAGCAUUUCAGAGUAGGAGUGCUGAUCUCGGAUCAGAUUUUCCUUUAAAUCAUAAUGAGUAGGAGGGGGGACCUGAUCCUAGAUCAGCACUCCUACUCGGAGACACUGAAUACAAUACAAAGAAAAUGGCAGUGAAAGAGGAAGGUAGCAUUGUUGGGGUAGUGUUUGUGUGUGCCGUACACAACUUGUUCCGUACUCUGUGCCGGGUUUUCCGUACUUGGAAGCCUUGGCUCUGUAGCGUUCUGGCAAGGGAUCAGAGACUGUUAGAUGGAGAUGCAGGUCGCCAUGGUUACAGUUUAAAUACACUGUUUAACAGAGCGGGGAUGGGAGGAGUACAUUAGUCGUGUGUGUGUGUGUGAGGGGGACUAUUUCUAUUUCGAUAUACUGUGUACAGUGAAUGUAUUGUAAUGUGCUUUUAAAUUAUAUUUUCAUAUGUUUCCUAUUUGUACGGAGGCAGAGUUUGAGUAGGGAGACCUGUGUACUACGUUAAACUGUCUUUAUAUACAAGAAGCUGCUUCAAAUGUAAACGCGAUUACAUAAAAAUAAUUAAAAAGAGCUCUGGAGCCCAGAA